CGGAGCCAUGGCCUCCGGUGGGUAUAACCCAUGUAUAGAGAUAAUUGAACAGCCCAGGCAGAGGGGAAUGCGUUUUAGAUACAAAUGUGAAGGGCGGUCAGCAGGCAGCAUUCCAGGGGAGCACAGCACAGACAACAACCGAACAUACCCAUCUAUCCAGAUUAUGAACUAUUAUGGAAAGGGAAAAGUGAGAAUUACAUUAGUAACAAAGAACGACCCAUAUAAACCUCAUCCUCAUGAUUUAGUAGGAAAAGACUGCCGAGAUGGCUACUAUGAAGCAGAGUUCGGACAAGAACGCAGACCCUUGUUUUUUCAAAAUUUGGGUAUUCGAUGUGUAAAGAAAAAAGAAGUAAAAGAAGCUAUUAUAUCAAGAAUAAGGGCAGGAAUCAAUCCUUUCAAUGUUCCUGAACAACAGCUGCUUGAUAUUGAAGAUUGCGACCUCAAUGUGGUGAGAUUAUGUUUUCAAGUUUUCCUCCCUGAUGAACAUGGUAAUUUGACAACUGCUCUACCUCCUGUUGUCUCUAACCCAAUUUAUGACAACCGUGCUCCAAAUACUGCAGAAUUAAGGAUUUGUCGUGUAAAUAAGAACUGUGGAAGUGUCAGAGGAGGAGAUGAAAUAUUUCUACUAUGUGAUAAAGUUCAGAAAGAUGACAUAGAAGUUCGGUUUGUGUUGAACGAUUGGGAAGCAAAAGGUAUCUUUUCACAAGCUGAUGUACACCGUCAAGUAGCCAUUGUUUUUAAGACUCCACCAUAUUGCAGAGCUAUAACAGAACCAGUAACAGUAAAAAUGCAGCUGCGGAGACCUUCUGACCAGGAAGUCAGUGAAUCCAUGGAUUUUAGAUAUCUGCCAGACGAAAAAGAUACUUAUGGCAAUAAAGCAAAGAAACAAAAAACAACUCUACUUUUCCAGAAACUGUGGCAAGAUUGUGUUAAUUUUCCUGAAAGACCUAGACCUGGUCUAGGAUCAACUGGAGAAGGACGAUUCAUCAAAAAAGAAUCCAACUUUUCUCAUGGUGCAGUUUUGACAGAUAUGUCCAGGACCUCAGGCAUUUCAAGCCAAGCAGACUCCUACUAUUCCUCGUCUGUGUCCAUCUCGAGUGCGUUGUCACAUCAUACUUCAGCCAUACCUGCAAUGGUAUCUCAGCCUUCAAGCUGGUCUUCAGGGGCCCACCCCACCUCACGCUCAGUCAACACAAAUCCACUGAGUAGUUUUUCAACGGGGACACUUUCCUCUAAUUCACAAGGUGUCUCACCAUAUCUGGAAAUACCUCUUGUGAGUGAUUUGAAUGCCUCUAAUGCUUGCAUUUAUAACAAUGCUAAUGACAUAGGCAGAAUGGAAGCAUCAUCCAUGUCAUCAGCUGAUUUAUAUGGUAUUUCUGAUGCCAACAUGCUACCGAAUUGCCCUGUGAAUAUGAAUGACAGCAUGAGGGAGUCUGAUAAUCCAAGACUUGUGAGCAUGAAUCUUGAAAACCCCUCAUGUAAUUCAGUGUUAGACCCGAGAGACUUGAGACAGCUCCAUCAGAUGUCCUCUUCCAGUCUGUCAGCAGGCGCCAGUUCCAGUACUACGGCUUUUGUUGCACAGUCCGAGGCAUUUGAGGGAUCUGAUUUCAAUUGUACAGAUAACAGUAUGAUGAAUGAGUCAGGGCCAUCAAACGGUACUAAUCCAAACAGUCAUGGCUUUGUUCAUAGUCAGUAUUCGGGUAUUGGCACUAUGCAGAGUGAGCAAUUGAGCGACUCAUUUGCGUUUGAAUAUUUUUAA